AUGACGCUAGGCCUUCAACAGCCCCCCGACGAGAUACUGUGUUGUUCCUUCCCCACCACUCUCAAAGGAGCUGCAAGGGAAUGGUUCACAAAGUUGCCAACAUCAUCCAUUGACAACUUCUUGCAGUUGAGCAAUGCCUUCUCGUGUCACUUUAUUGGGGGGCAGCGUCUUAAGAGGCCAGCGGACCAUUUACUCACCAUUAGGCAGGAAGAGAAGGAAACCCUAAGGUCGUACAUGAAACGCUUUACUCGGGAGACCUUGGAGGUUGGUGAAGUUGAAGACAAGGUGCAACUGAUGACCUUUAAAGCGGGACUGAGAUCCAGAGAUCUCGUGGCUUCACUCAUGAAGAAUCCUCCAAAGACAAUAGUAGAGAUGCUCCUGAAAGCACAAAAGUACAUGAAUGCUGAAAACGCAUUAGUAGCCAUAAGGGAUGUAGAGAAGCCAGGAGACAAAGGAAGGAAAGACGAUGAGUGUAGGGGAAAAAAGAGGGAGCGUCCAGAUCGUAGGACCAAUGACGAGAACAGAAGAAAAGAAGAUAAAGGUCCUUGGACGGUAAAAUUUACCCCUCUAGUUAUGCCUGUUGACAAAAUUUUAAUGCAGAUUAAGGAUGAGCACUACUUCAAAUGA